ACCACGGUCGUUGAGCUUGGCUUGGACGUUCAUGGUGGAAAUGAAAUGGGAAGCCUCUCGUGCCUCCUCUAGGUGUCUCUGGAUGUCGGAUUCGGAGGUGACAUGACGAUUCUCCUAGAAUUUCUUGCGGAUCUCGGCGACGGAGGCAUUCAACAUCAUCGUGUCGCCGACGAAUGAUUUCCGGGUGGCUCUUGAGAGAGCCCUGUAUGCGCUCAGUGCCUCUCCUCCGACCAUCUCUCUCUCACUCUCCUCCGCUUAGAAUACUCUCGUUUCCUUUUGGAGAAUCCAUGAAGACCCCUUCAAUUUCAAUCGGGUCCAAGCAUAUAAUCUUUGCAGUUAGAUUUUACAGAAUUCUUGUUGAGUUGGUGGAUGUUGGAUGGAAGGUAGAGGCUCUAAGCAUAAUUGUUCAUAAUCUUCAGAAAGGAUUCAAGCCAAGUUGAUCAACAUGACUAGAGUUUUUGAGAAAUAAACUUGAACUUCAAUUCUACAUUUCACAAUUCUUUUCCUACAAUAAACUUGUAAGAAUACAAUACAUCCUCAAAAUCAUUUUACGCUCAACACAUAGAUGCUGUAUAAAAGAACAUUUGCAGAGACAAAAGUAAAUUUUUCUGACUGCACAAGGUGUAUUAGUACAGUUACAGUAAUCACCAGUAAGUGGCAAUCCUUGAAGCCAACAAUCACAAACUGGAACCAAGAAACUCUUCCUUAUUCCAAAAAAUAAAGUUAUCUCAGUGCAUCUACCAUUCGAUAAUCAUGCUUCUUGCGGCGGCACCUGUGAUGGGCUUUCUGAUCAGAGAAUUUGUUCUCCCCAACAAUCUCCAUUUUAGAAUAUGUAUCUAGUGCAAGGAAAAGGAAUCAGCUUAUGAAGAACAAUCAAUUAUAAGGAUAAGA